UAAAGUUCUCUAACAAUUCUAUAUUCAAGUAGGAUUUCAUAAUAUUUUAUUAUGGAAGAAGAGAGUAUGUACGACUCAUUUCCAGAUUUGAAAGAGCUGGAAAAUAAAAUUGGGAUGAAAACUCCGGAGAGCCUGUUGAGGUGGAUGCAGGGGGAUGCUUCGCUCGGUGCUGAGUGGAGUUCUAAUCGUCCGGAGGGGAGAGACAACCGCACCAGCGACAGUCUGACCGACAGGAUCAGAAACUUGAAACUGGAGAUGUGCUGUCUGCGUGCUACAGACGUGCGGAUCCUGCACCAGCUGGUGACGGUGCAUGAGGCCAUGGAGGCUGUGCGAUGGCUGCUUGAGGAGCGUGGCACUCUGGCCAGCAGGGGCAGCAGCCUGACAAGCAGCCAGUGUAGCCUGGCUGAGGGGCCUGGGUCUGGCUUGUCCCCUUGCAGGGAGGGCCUGAGUCUGGCCCUAACUAGCUGGCAGAGUCCUCUAAAUGAUGCCAAUGAAGAACCAGAAGAGUUGAAAGUACCAGAUAGCAUCUCUGGGGACAGCUACUUCCAUAUGCUCGCCAAUGCCGUUUCUUGUAAUGACACAGGGUUGACACUAGAGGGAGUUGUUAGCCCUCCUGAGAGAACAGGAGAAACUGGGACACCGCACUGUGGUCUCCCAGAGGAGAGACAAGGGGCCUCGGCCGGUGAAAUCGUGGGGGUGGAGGAACAGACCAUUCCCCGUUGUGAGGUUCUGUUGAGGUAUGACACUCAGUGGUGCUGGGUGGAGUCUCAAGACGAUGUGACUUUUCUCUGACGUUAUAAGUGCAAUUCAAAAGAUGCUUUAUGACAUGAAACCUUCCCUCUUCGCCUACCAAAAUUAGAUGCAAUGGUGCCAGUUGGACAUGAAGUGCCGUCCUGGACUAGGUGCGACAUUUAAGUUGACAUUAAAGUGUCCAUGGUGGACUGGAUGAAUGCUAGUAGCAUUGUUCUCUAGAGGAGCAAAAUCAAGGCGUACUCAUAUUUUGAUUUAGCUACUUUGGUUUGUCAGUUGUUGCCCUUUUGCUUUUCAAUGAGUCACCGUUGCCCCUUUCAACCUAGAAGUAAAUCAGAUCGAUGUCAAUCAUGUUCUCACUAUCACGUUUUGCUAGAGAAAGCUUAUAUGGGGCGGCAGGUAGCCUAGUGGUUAGAGUGUUGGACUGGUAACCAAAAGGUUGCAAGAUCAAAUCUCCGAGCUGACAAGGUAAAAAUCUGUCGUUCUGCCCCUGAACAAAGCAGUUCUGUUCCUAGGCCAUCAUUGAAAAUAAGAAUUUGUUCUUAACUGAUUUGCCUAGUUAAAUGAAGGUUCAACAUUUUUUUUAUAGCGGGCUCAACAGAAAAUGCAUUGACGUUCUGACAUCAUAAAUGGACGCAGACAUUGGACUUCUAAAAAGGCCAUUAAGCCCAUCACAACUCCAGUGUGAUACUAUAAUGAACCCUUAUCUUUUGGAUGCAAAUGUGUUACUCAGAAUAUUAUUCUGUUGAAUAAAAUAAAAAUACAAUUUUU